GAGCGAGGGAGCGCGCGACGCACAAACGCGCCGUGCCUCGCGCUCCCUUCCCUUCCCCGGCCCAUGAGCCCCCGCGUGGAAUGUAGAAGGGAGGGGAGGAGAAGGAGGACACAAGACGACCAGGCCGCCGUCUUGAGCCCCUUCCUGUGAGGAAGAACCGUACUGCGCCUGCGCGGAGCAGGCCCUGUUCUGUUGCUGCCUGCUUUCAUUUUUUUUAUGUUUUACUUUCUCGCAUAGCUGAGGUGGCUGGGGAAUCCUACAGCUCUCCCUUUUCUGCACUGACGGGUUUUACUAACCGUCGCCUCAGGAGGCACUUGAGGGAAGGCCCCCUCUUUGCCCUUUCCCCCCUUUCCCAACGGCUCUGUCUGUGGCCUCCCCACAGGCGGCCAUGAGUCCCACGUCCCUGCUAUGGAGACGGUAUUGGCGGCGGCGGUGGCUCAGCGACUGAAGGCGGUGUUUCAGUGCGACGGGGGUUUCUCGGGCUGCGGCGGCGGAUGCGGCGGCUCUGACGGUGCUUUUUAACCCUUAGAUGGUCUCUAGCGAGCCGUUGCUGCUGCCUGUGUCACUGGAGAACGAGUUCUCCAAUAGCAUGAAGGAGAUGAUCGGCGGCUGCUGCGUGUGCUCCGACGAGAGGGGCUGGGCCGAGAACCCGCUGGUUUACUGCGACGGACACGGCUGCAAUGUCGCAGUGCAUCAAGCUUGCUAUGGAAUUGUACAAGUACCCACUGGACCUUGGUUUUGUAGAAAAUGUGAAUCUCAGGAAAGAGCAGCUAGAGUGAGAUGUGAGUUGUGCCCUCAUAAGGAUGGUGCUUUAAAGAGGACUGAUAAUGGAGGUUGGGCUCAUGUGGUUUGUGCUCUGUACAUUCCCGAGGUGCAGUUUGCAAAUGUUUCUACAAUGGAACCUAUCGUGUUGCAGUCUGUCCCUCAUGAUCGUUAUAAUAAGACAUGUUAUAUAUGUGAUGAACAAGGCAGAGAAAGUAAAGCAGCCACUGGUGCUUGCAUGACUUGCAAUAAGCAUGGGUGUCGUCAAGCUUUCCAUGUAACAUGUGCACAGUUUGCAGGACUUCUUUGUGAAGAAGAAGGUAAUGGUGCAGAUAAUGUCCAGUAUUGUGGUUACUGUAAAUACCAUUUCAGUAAGCUGAAAAAGAGCAAACGGGGAUCUAAUAGGUCAUGUGAUCAAAGUUUAAGUGAUUCUUCCUCUCACUCUCAGGAUAAGCACCAUGAGAAGGAGAAAAAAAAAUAUAAAGAAAAAGACAAACAUAAACAAAGACACAAGAAGCAAUCCGAUUCCUCACCAUCUUUAGUUCCUUCUCUCACUGUAACUACAGAGAAAACUUACACAAGCACUACCAACAACUCGAUGACUGGCUCACUGAAGAGGCUGGAAGAUACCACGACAGCUCGUUUUACAAAUGCAAAUUUUCAGGAAGUCUCUGCACAUACUUCAAGUGGCAAGGAGAUUUCAGAAGCCAGAGUUUCAGAGAGCAAAGGAAAAAAGUUGGUGGGUCAUAAUUCAGGUCAGAGGGGAAGAAAGCCUGGUGCUGGAAGGACUCCUGUAGCUACAGUGUCAACAGCUUGUACUUUUCAGCAAGGCACUUUUCUGGGAACUCCUAGUAGUACAAAGUCAUCUUCUGGAAGUUCAGUUCAAUCUCCCCAGGACUUUUUGAGUUUUACAGACUCAGAUCUACGUACUGACAGCUAUACUCAUUCCCAGCAGACGUUGUCAACCAAAGAUGUACAUAAAGGAGAGAUUGGGAGUCAAGAAGGGGGUGUGAAUUGUUUUACUUCCUUAAUUGGUCUCCCUUCAACCUCCAGUGUUGCCUCCCAGCCUAAUAUUUUUGACAGCUCACCUGGAGAGUUGGGUAAUUCAAGCCUUACAACAACAGGAUACAAACGCGUUCAACCUUCUGGGACAGAAGAUGAGACUGUAAAGGAAAAGAAGCGGAAAGGAAAUAAGCAGUGUAAACAUGGGCCUGGUAGGCUCAAAGGAAAUAAAAGUCAGGAGAAUAUUUCCCACUUAUCUGUUUGUUCUGCUUCCCCAACAUCAUCUGUGGCGUCUGCUGCAGGAAGCAUAGCAAGCUCUAAUUUGCAGAAAUCUCCAACUCUGCUUAGGAAUGGAAGUCUGCAAAGCCUCAGUGUUGGUUCCUCUCCUGUUGGUUCAGGCAUUUAUAACAGUAAUGAUGUAGCAGUAUCAUUUCCAAGCAUAGUAUCUGGCUCAGGAUCUAGCACUCCUGUUUCGAGUUCACAUUUACCUCAGCAGUCUUCUGGUCAUGUACAGCAACUGGGAACUUUAUCUCCAUCUUCUACACCUUCAGUAACUACAGCUGUUGCUACAACUCAGGCAAACAUCCUACCUGGCUCUUCCCUUAACCUGCCUCAGUCUCAUGUGUAUGGUAGUAGGCUGAACCCCACCUCAAUGGCAACACAUACAGCUCCAUCUGAAAACAGUCAAACAGAUCAAGAUCUUGGAGACAAUAGCCGGAGCCUUGUUGGCCGGGGAGGUUCACCCAGAGGAAGCCUUUCACCACGAUCUCCUGUCAGUAGCUUACCGGUUCAUUAUGAUCAGUCGGGGAAUAGCAGUGUGGAAAACUUGCCCCCAGUACCAACAACUAUAGAGCAACUUCUGGAGAGGCAAUGGAGUGAAGGCCAGCAGUUCUUGCUAGAACAAGGCACUCCUAGUGACAUUUUAGGCAUGUUGAAGUCGUUACAUCAGCUUCAAGUUGAAAAUCGCCGCUUAGAAGAACAGAUUAAAAACCUGACUGCUAAAAAGGAACGCCUCCAGCUACUAAAUGCCCAGCUUUCAGUUCCUUUCCCAACAAUUUUAUCCAAUCCGAGUCCUUCCCAUCAAAUGCAUGCCUUUUCAGCUCAGGCUGCUGCUAGCACUGAUUCUUUGAACAGCAGCAAAAGCCCUCAUUUGGGAAGUAGCUUUCUACCUGACAACUCUCUUCCUGUAUUAAAUCAGGAGAUAAACUCCAGUGGACAAAGCACCAGUAGUUCCUCCGCUCUCUCCACUCCACCGCCUGCUGGGCAAAGUCCAGCGCAGCAAGGCCCAGGAGUUCAACAGGUCAAUGGAGUGGCGGUGGGGGCACUUGCCGGAGGAAUGCAGGCUGUAACGUCCGCCAUUCCUGCAGUGGGUGGAAUAAUUGGAGCUCUGCCAACGAACCAGCUGGCAAUCAAUGGAAUUGUUGGGGCUUUAAAUGGCGUAAUUCAGACUCCUGCCACGAUAUCACAGAACCCUUCCUCGCUCGCUCACACAACUGUGCCACCAAACGCAGCACAUUCUCUGCCAACUACAUUGAGCAAUAGUGCCUCUGGACUUGGGUUCCUUCCUGACCAACAGAGACAACUUUUGUUGCAUCAACACCAGCAGUUUCAGCAGUUGCUAAAUACUCAACAAUUCACGUCGGAACAGCAUCAGGCUCUUCUGUAUCAAUUAGUGCAGCAGCAGCAGCAACACCAUCAUCAUUCACCUGAAGUACAGCAGUUGCAGAUUUCGGGAGGCACACAAAUUCCCAUCAGUAACUUACUGGCAGGCUCUCAGGCAUCUCCGCUUCAUACAGCUACAACUAACCCAUUCCUUACUAUUCAUACGGAUAAUGCAACUCAGAAAAGACUGAAUGAUAAAACUGGACCGGUUGCACCAGAGAAGAAUUGACCUGUGGGGGGAUGGGGGUGGGGAGGGAAUACAGAAUGGGGUCUCCUGCAGCGAUAGCACUUCAUCAGGCUGCAAAGGAGUCUCCUUUCUGCAGGUCUGGCCAGAUGCAACGAGGAGUGAAUUGCACACUGGACAAGUGAAUCUACCUUGAGACAUUGAUAUAAUGCUUUGCCCUUGUUGCUUUUUGUUGCACUGAAACUGAACUGUUUUCUUCAGAUUUCAUGGAAUUCUUUGUUUGCAAAUGAGAAUUGUCAGUUCUGAUUGUCUGUUUUGAAUUCUGCUGCUGAACUAGUAGCCUUUUAACGUUUCGCAUCGCUAAAUAAAUGGCCUGGUCUAGUUUCAUUAUUUGUUUGGAAAAAGCAAACCAAAUGGCAAGUGGACAUUAUUGUUGCUUGUGAAACAUCUGUGUUUCAGAAAUACUAUUUUUCCCAGAAGAGGAAAUGGUUUUAAACUUUUUACUUAAGUAUUUUCUUAACUCUAAUGAAUAUUUUGCUAGAGCAGGAAUUCUUAAAGGAGUGACAAAAUGGUUGGUUAAUCUUGAAUUGGACUUUUAAAGAAAGAUUCCUGGAAAAAAACAGAUCAGUCCUAAGGUUCUGAAUCUUACCAGAUGAGUAAGCAACUCACGUUCUGGUAGCAUUUGACCUGACCCAAGUGCCUGUUGCUUACCUCUGCUGGGUUGGAAUGGCUUUAUAUAGCUGGUCCUGCACUAAAAAUGUCUUUGUAAAAGCCACAAGUGAGUUCAACUUUGCACCAGCAGCCUUUCCCAUUGAUCUGCCUUUAUUAGAAGUGUUUGUCACUGUAGAUAGCUCAGGCAAAUCAUUACCUGGGUUGCUUUCCACUAAUAAAUUACCAAAAAAAAGAAGUGGGGGAGGUGUUUUCUCAUUUCUAUUAAAAUAUUAACGGGUGGAAAAGAAGUAUUUGAAUGUUUUCAAAUACUGAGUGGGUGAUUUCAUGGUGUGACUAUGCAUUAUAGCUAAAGAGAGUUGGUAGCUGGGAGUUAAUAGCCACUAAUUGAAUUUGUGUGAAUUAUUAGUGGAAAAGGCUCAAGUAAACUUAGACCUUCACUGUGUACUUAAUUGGAAGAACCUAUUGUUUCUGCAAUAUUGUUUGGUUAAACAUUGCACAGUUCUUACCUCAUUUCUGUAAAUAAAGUUUUGUGACCGUUUUGUAUUGUGAAGAAUUCAUAAAGUGGAUAUUUUGAUUUGUAAGAUUUCUAAUUGGUAGAUCUAAUUGAAAAAUUAAAAAUAAUUUAUUUUUAUAUGUUCAUGGGAAUUUUUAAGAAGUCACAAAUCACUUUUGUAGAUAAUUUACUAAAUAAAUCAGUGUGGUUUAAUUUACUUAAACCACUCGUUUAAUAUUCUGUAACAAUUUGUAUAAAAUGUUGGUUUUGCCUAGAUGUAAAAUUGCAAGUUUAUAUAAAGAUAUGUACAAAGCUUUGGUUAAUAAAUUUUAAUAUUGUUUAUGGCUAUGAACCUAACAUGGAA